AUGGGUACCCUCAGCUGCAACCCGGCUCUGCGGCUGACCUCUGCACCCCUGGGCCAGCGCGCCAGCGUGUGCCCGAUUCCACAGCCGAGGAAGUCCUGCGGGAUUGCUGCCUUGGAGAGUGGCUCUGGGCCCGGCUUGUAUAUGCUGCCGCCCACCAUCGGCUAUAUCAACCACGACUGCACCCGGGUGGCCGGUCCUGCCUACUCAUUCCUGCAGAGGCCCAGCGAAGCAGUGCCUCAGGAUGCCAGCCCUGGGCCCAUCUACUUCCUGGACCCGAAAGUCACCCGCUUCGGCCGCAGCUGCACUCCUGCUUACUCCAUACAGGGCCGGGGCAAGUCUCGGGGUCAUGAGGUGACACCAGGCCCUGGGGCGUACAGCCCGGAGAAAGUAGCCCCUGUGCGCCAGCGGACAUCCCCGGCCUUCACCCUGGGCGCCCGCCUCCGCCCGCAGCCGCUGGACAACUCCGUCCCUGCCCCCAACACCUACACCCUGCCCUCCCUCUGGGGCUCCCAGGUCUUCAUCAAGCCUAGCAGCCCCAGCUACACGGUGGGGGGCCGCACGCCCCCUGCGCCCCCCCAGGACCCCACUGAGACACCAGGCCCGGGCCAGUAUGACAGUCCCGACCCCAAUGCCUACCGCCAGCGCCGGCCUGCCUUCACCAUGCUGGGGCGGCCCCGGGCCCCACGCUCCCCGGAGACGCCUGGCCCUGGCGCCCACAGCCCCGAGCAGGUCACCGUGAUCAAAGCCAGGGCCCCAGCGUUUACCAUGGGCGUCCGCCACUCCAGAUGGGCUGCCACCAUGACCGCGGACACCACAGCCUGACGUGGCUGGGGGCACCCGCGGUCCCCGGGCGGAGCCUUCAUUUCCUACCCCAGGG